ACUCAAGUUACGCCUGUCAAAGAAACAAAAAGGCAACAGUCUGCUCUUGGAGGUUUGACAACUACAGUUGGUAAACAAACAGUUCAUUCAGAGAAUAGGCACCAUCAACAUGUUUUACCAACCCGGAGUCAGUGAUCAUGGGCUUCCCUACGACCCCUUCAAGGCAUGUGUCGUGCCCCGCGCCAUCGGAUGGAUCUCGUCCGUCUCCGCCGACGGCGAGCACAACCUAGCCCCCUACAGCCAGUUCACCAACGUCAGCUUCGACCCGCCGAUGGUCAUGUUCAGCGCGAACCAGACCUACGACGGCACCCGCAAGGACACCGUCAACAACAUCGAGCGCACGGGGAGCUUCUGCUGGCAGCUCGCGACGUACGCCCUUCGGGACGCCGUCAACGUCUCGGCGGAGGCCGUCGGCCCGGACGAGGACGAGUUCGUCCGCGCCGGCCUGGAAAAGACGUGGUCCCGGAGCCUCAAGACGCCCGUCCCGAUGGUCGCCGCGUCGCCCGUGCGCUUCGAGUGCGAGUACAUGCAGACGGUGCGGCUGCCGGGCAACCCGCCCAUGGGCGCCGUCGACGUCGUCUUCGCCAGGGUCGUCGGGGUCCACGUCGAUGAGAGCGUCCUGACGGAGGGGAGGAUCGAUGUUUCCAAGACGAACCCGAUUGCUCGGCUCGGGUACUUCGAGUACGGCGUCAUCAGCGAGUCGUUCGAGAUGAUUGUUCCGGGAGACAAGCGCAUGCUGAUAGGGCUGGAGGGAAACGCUGGCAAGAAUAGCAACGAGGGUCUCAAGGGGGCUCGACCAAAGGUGGACUGAAAGUUGUCGAGACCAGCCACCUUUGAACAGUAUUGGUGUAUUGCAGUUUCU